AUGAAGGCGGCCAUAGAGCUCACCAUCCCGAUUGCCUUGUUGGCCACAGCUUUGCUUCCUGAAGCUUGUGGCCUGUCUUGCCACAAGUGCCUGGGGACACGUGAGAAUUGCACAAACCAGCAGCAACUCUGUGGCAGCAACGAGACCCUUUGCAUGGAGGAAACACGAGCUACCUAUGGCCCUAUAAGUGAGACCCUGAAGAGAGGGUGCACCACAUCCCAGCACUGCCAGUCCUACUUCUCCACCCGCAGGGGCUUCGUAUCGCGAAGCAUCUACUGCUGUUCCGAAGACCUGUGCAACGAUGUCCCCUACAAUGUCACGUACAGCACUGAACGCAACGGAGUGGAGUGUUACAGUUGCAUAGGCAGUUUGGAGGAGUGUAAUGGGACCAGAAUUCCCACAGCCCAGUGCAGGGGUAAAGAGAACCGCUGCGUGGAAAUCUCUCGCCAGUGGCUGCCAGGAACAGGUCUGGUGGAGCCCAUCAUCAAAGGCUGUGGGAAUUACCCCAAAGAGGAAACGCUCUUGGCAUACAGCAUAGGAGGCAAAAUCAGCUACGUGGCCAUCCGUGUCUGUGAAGGUUCCAGGUGCAACAACAGCUCUUUCACAGGAUUUUCCGUGAGGGAACUCAACGGGCUGGUGUGUUACAGCUGCCUAGAUGCAGGAAAUGAUGAAUGCAGCGCAGAGAAUCUGCAACUCAUGAACUGCAUGGGAAACAUGGACCAUUGCAUGAAUGUCAUAGAUUACGUCCGCGGCGCCACCCUCCGAGCUGGCUGCGCCAACCAGCAGCUCUGCCAGGAUAUGGUCUUCUAUGGAACACUGCUGCCCAAGCUUCCCGUCAGCUACGUGACCUGCUGCCAGGGCCCCUUCUGCAAUGGAGCGCCAGGCCAGGGUGAAAGGAGAGGCAAAGGCAUCCUCAUCGCCCUGCUGGCAGCCCCACUGUUCAUAGCCCUGAACUAAACCACAAAUGCCUUCUUCGCCCGUCUGCCCCCGUCCCAAAUGCCAAACUCCUUUAGAUCAGCUGCCGCAGAAAGGCAAUUGCUCUGUCCCAGGUUAGCAGUGCCCCACCUGCAUCACCCAGGUGUGUCUUUCUUUGGUAACGUGAUGGGAGCAGGACUUCUGGAACUCUUCCUACCCAUAAGGCCGUCCUUCUUAGCCCUGCCAGGUUUCAAUGAACUUCGCCAACCCUCCCACAACAACUC